AUGACGGUGACCAAAUGGGUGACUCUUGCUCGCCAGUGCCUCCUAAGGCGUAUAUCUGUGCCCGAAUUUGAUGCCGCUUUGCGCGAGCUUGACAAGGUUGAUGGCAAAGAACUGUUUGGCGCUUUCAUCGAGUGCCGGGCCACAUUUUGUGUUCCUGGUGACCCCCUUGUUUCCUUAUAUCUCGACCACUUGGGCAGUUCAGGUCUUGUCAGCAUUUCCGAUGCGCUUCUAGUUCUCAUCGGCAAGUGGAACAGCGCGCCAAAGCUGUUUUCUCGUUAUUCGCCGGAAUGCUAUAGCCAGACAUUGCAGGACCUAACCAUGGUGGCUGUUUCACCAAAGUACAAGGUAACAGCUACGGAAUCCAGAAAGUCACUCCUGCUGGCCUCACGAUGGCUCUCAUCCAUGGCCCGUACUCUGCCGAACUUACUUGGAGAGUCACCAAACGCCAACAAUGUCAUCGAAGCACUGGGGUUUCUUGUUGCCUCGAUUGCAGCAAGUGAUGGUGGUUUGGAAGCACUUUCGCCUGGAGGGGAUCCGGCUAGAAAUGAACUGCGGGAGUCCAUCCGACAUGCUUUUGAGCUCUGUCUGCCCUUGUACUCUGUACUCUCUGCCCAGCUGAUGGAACGGCUCAACACUGUUCUGAAGCAUAUCAACCUUUUGGAUAAUGGUAGCUCUCAGCAGGGAGCUGGUCAACCAUCUGCGAUGCAGAUUCUACAGUUUCAGGUUUCAAUUCCAGAGUCUGAAAUGGUGGCCUCCAAGCUUGCAACGUCGUUGUAUCUUGAAGCGUUGCUUAUGACAGGUGCAACGAUUGAUGAUGCUGCGACAGUCAACUAUAUGUGCUCUCGCCAUCAGAAUGACUACCAGUCUGCGUUCAUGGACUUGGUGGCUGCCUCUUUUCACAUUCUCAAAACGCAGCAGAGCAAGAGCAUAUAUUACCAGCAAUGUCAGUUAUUCGUCCAGAAUAAACUGCCUAUACUGCUUUCAAUGAUCUCGGGCUCUUCUUUUAAUAGUUUCAACACCGAGCAAGCAAUCAUUGAUGGUUGGGCCUACCAAGAUUUGGGCGCCGUCGCCUCUCGAUUUCUUCACACUUGCUCCCUACACCAUCUGCUCACAGCGCAGGCCGUCUCGCAGUUGUUGGGGAGUGAAGAGAACAACACCACCAAAUUGUACGCAAAAGAUGAUUUGGUGAGUCAAGUUCGUGCCAGUCACACACGCGGCCCAAAACUGGUCGAUGAGCUCGUGCGGAGUGACGGAAGUGCUGGAUCUAUCAGUCAGGCUUUGGUUGAGAUCAUGCAUAGCUAUUGCCAGAGCAAGGAAACGCAGUACCUCAAAGACUUGGUGAAUGCCAUUCUUCGAAAGCCCGCGGCUAUCAAUUGUAUUUGUCUGUUCAUUCGGCCCGCGUUUUGGCUUGGACCGCUUUGCACCCUUUUGGAUGAGUGGCGCUGGGAUGAGAUUCAUGGGGAAGCACAACCGGUAUAUGACGAAUUUGGCGCAGUUUUCCUUCUGGUGUUGGUUACUAAGACACGAUUGAGGUUAUCAAAUGCGAACGUUGGCGUCCGAAAGAAGGAUGGGUUCUUGGCCCGAUACUUCGACCGAGAGAAUCUCGAGGAGAGUCUAGAAAAGCUGCCUGAAGCAACAACAUCACAUCUUGGAAAUUGGGUCAAUGCUUUGUAUCUUGCCGAAGGUCUCAGCGAUGAAUUAUUCACCAGUUGCUCUCCACACGAUUUCUACUUGUUGAUUCCCACACUUUUAAGACAGUCAAUUGUUGCCUAUCAGCAAGGAAAGUUGACACAAGAGUCGUUGAAAGCUGGACUGGAUUAUUUGCUCGAACCUUUCUUGUUGCCCUCACUGAUUCCUGCUUUGGACUGGGUUGGGAAUCUGGUCAAAGAGGACCAGAUGUCUGCGGAAAUUGUUCUCCAGGCGCUUCUCAAAUCACCCAGCGGUUCCGAAUCUCGAGACAUACACCAAACCAUUUUGGGGGUCUGUGCUCCAGAGCUUGAGAUGAACAUUCGGGCUUCUCAGUCUGACAAGUUUGGGUUUGCGCUCAAAGUUGUCGAGCAACUUCCCGAGUCUUCAUUUUCUGUCGCGAAACUGCAAGAUGGGCCUGUGGACGAGGUUCAACCGCAUAUCGUUGCUCUGAUCAUGCAACAGUCUUCCACGGUUGGCAUCCCGGCAAUGGUGCGGCGGCUGAUUGAGAUUCAAGGUGCCGAGCUCGCUUUGAAAUCGUUGCUCGGUGUUUUACUGCAACUCAGUGGUAGUCCUGACUUUUUGCUGUGUCUGGACGUGAUUGCCACGCUUGUGUCUGUCGUUCACAAUGGUCUCCGUGAAGCCCUGCGUCUCCAGUCAGGCACUCUUGGGACGUUGUUGAAAAAGGGCGAUACUCUUUCGGCUGAGGCGGUGGUACGUCUCCAUCGUCUGGUAGAAGCUUAUACCAAUUUUUUGACUCCUCAUGACAUGGGAUUGGACUCUUUUGAUUUUACCAACAUUGAUACGACCAAUCCCAACCUGGAUGAGAAUGCCCCUACAUCUGGAGAUGUGGAGAAGGAACCAUCGCAAGCAGAUGGGAUCGAUCAAGUUUUGGAUGAAGUUGCCGCAAUGGGCAACAUGGAUUCGAAUGAUGCCGACAUGAAUUUUGACGCUCUUUAUGGUUUACAAGGUGGUGAUAUGGAUCUGAAUGAUCUGGACUUGGAUAUGUUUUAG